GCGACCCAGUCCUGUCCCAGAGAAGUAACUUGGGAGUACAGUAUUGUUAGGUGGCAGAGAUGUUCCACUAAACUCUAGUGCAAGGUUUAUGAAAUGUCAGAGUUUCGUGUUGAAGAAUGUACAGAAUGAAACUUACGGCGUUUGCAAAUUGUGUAUCAUCAGCUUUAAUGCCAUUGGUUACAGGCUCUCCUUCGGCCCAGCAUGUGCAACUAACCGAGUCCUAAGACUGCAAAAAUGCCUCUAGUGAUUCUGGUGGAUGAUGUGACCAGGCAAGGGAAAAAAAAGGAAUAAGAACUAGCAUAAAAGAGAGACCAGCCAGAUGCCUCUUCAAAGCUAUAAUUCAGUUUACGAAGACAUCUCUCCCUGACCCCAUUGAUUGUUCUUUAGGUCUGGAAUUUAGAGAAACCGCUGCCUUUGAAGGGGAACUGGAAUCAACGCGAACUGCAAGAGGCGACAGGACCACCGGAGGCCUGACGGGCGAGCCCUCUGCAUGCGCCACCUCCGUUGGCCUCCCUGCAAGAGGAGGUGGAUUUUCCUCCGCUCGGUGGCCUUCGCCCUCGCCUCUCCCCUCAGUCAUGGUGGGUCACCUGCAGCUACAAGGAAUGGAAGACAGCCUAAAAGAGAAGAACAGAGAAGGCUUGCUGGAUAGCCCCGAUUCGGGGCUGCCCCCCAGCCCUAGCCCGCCUUUCUACUCCUUGGCUUCAGGAAUUGUGGACAACAGAGCUGGCGGCAGCAGCUCUUCCACGGAAAUCCCGGGCCACGGGCGCAGGAAGGAUGGCAAAGAGGGGAAACUAAUCCCUUACGUUCUCCUGAAUGCCUCCCCAUCAGAAAUAAGGCCACGAAUGUAUCCUGUGUUCUUUGGAGAAAGCAUAGAGGUCAACCCUGAACCGGCGCAAGAAAUUAGGUGCAAUUCUGAGGUAAAAUAUGGCUCCGAGAGGCAUUACCGAGAUGACAUCUUCUAUUGCCCGAUGCCCACCGUCACCACUUACCGAGAGACCAUCAUUGCUGCUCCCAACUGCACGUGGCGAAAUUACAAGUCUCAGCUGAUCUUUGAGCCUCGCCAGAAGCCGUUGAGGUUCCAGAGCACAACCAUCAUCUUCCCCAAACAUACCAAGAAUAUUUACCGGACCACACUCAACUACAACCUUGGUUCCGCUAAACGAUGGUUUGCCUCAAGCGUCCAGCUGCAGCUCUGUGAGGAGAACAGCCCUUGCAUUGUCUACACGGAGAACCUUUAGUGAAGUCUUAUGUCUACUGAUGAAGCCUAGACUACAGGCUUAGGCCUGCCCCCAACUCUAGAAGAUGAUGCCAUUGAAAGCUUACAAUUCUUUGGUUAAGAACAGCUGUUGAACGGCACCGGGGUUAAACACACAGUCUUGGAUGUAAACAGUACAAAUAAACGUUUUCUCCAAGAAAAAGCCAAUGGAGGUAUUUCCCCGUGCAUGAAGCAGCGUAAACUGGGGCUUGAUUCUUCUCAGUCUUGGAUUCAACCUGUUUAAUUAGCACUUAAAAUGAACUCUUAAUGGUGAAAGCUCUCCUUUUUUUGGCUGUUAAAAACAACCUAUGCUGCUUUUUUAUGUUUUGGGGGUUGUUCUCUCCUG